AUGUCAUCCCUAGUAUCCGACUUCAUCAUCAACAACCCCGUUACUCGGACUGUUGUCCGUCGCUUCUCGAGCCCUUUUGCUGCGGGACCUUCGCCCGAGUCCCGCCGCCCGUUCUCACGCGACGACUAUCCAGAAGAAAAUGGCGACGCCAUUGCCGAAUGUGACGGACCUUCAUCCCCUUUCCCCAGCCUCGGAAGGUUCACAAGAACCCCCGACAUAGCCCUUGGUGCCAGGUCCCCACCUCUCCUCAUUCCCCAGCGCAGGGUUGCGACCGCUCCCGUUCCCGAGGGAUUGUCACGCCCCUUGACUGUCCCGUCAAUCGCUCCUCUACGACUCGAGAUGGAGCUCCACGGCCUGUCCGACACGGAGAGCACUGCUGAGCCACAGGCUGCUCUCGACGGCGGCGCACAGGCCGCCGAGAGGGAAUCCCGUAGACUGCCUGCAGAUGAUGGGAUGGGGGCGAUGCGGCUGCGGAUUCUCAGUAUACAGUCUAGCAACAUCACCUUCGACCAGAAGAGAUAUCUCACACAGCAGCUCCUUACCGAAAACUACACCAGCAGAAGACUCGCCAAAGCAGCCGCUGAGGGGAAAUCCGCAGCGCCUGUCCCGUCCACAGAGGGUGCCUCGGCUUCGACUUCUCGAGAUUUCGGCUUUGGCGUUUCAGCAUUGGAGACGAUCAAAGCCUGGACCGGGCUCGACGAAAGGGCCAGACUCCACGUAUCGGAGGGAGACCGCCGACCUACAUAUGUGCCCGCCACGGCCAUCCUCAAUGACGAGGAAGACUUGGAAGAUGACGGUGGCAGGGCGGAGGAUGCCGACGGAGCCGAGACCCAAGUCUUGGGCUGCGUGCACUACAGGCGGAACGUCAAGCUCCAGUGUGCGGCUUGCGAGAAAUGGUACACUUGCAGGCUGUGCCAUGACGAGGCAGAGGAGCACAUCUUGCCCCGGAAGAUGACGAAACACAUGCUCUGCAUGCUGUGCGGUCAUGCGCAAAAGGCAUCCGAUACAUGCGUGAACUGUGGCGAGUGUGCGGCUCAGUACUACUGUAACAUUUGCAAGUUGUGGAGUGACGAUGUGAACAAGCCAAUCUACCACUGUGAUGAUUGUGGCAUCUGCCGAGUUGGACAUGGGCUGGACAAGGACUUCUUCCACUGCAAAACCUGCCGAGCUUGCAUCUCUAUCACACAAACCAACAAUCAUAAAUGCAUAGAACGAGCGACAGACGCCGACUGCCCUAUCUGCGGGGAAAAUAUGUUCGCCUCGCACAAAACCGUCAUCUUUAUGGAUUGUGGUCAUUCAAUCCACCGGACCUGCUUCAAUGAGUAUAUGGCCUCCUCUUAUAAAUGCCCAAUCUGCAGCAAGAGUAUCGUGAACAUGGAAGCAUUGUUCACAAAUCUGGCGAACAUCAUCCGCGAACAACCAAUGCCGGAAGAGUUCGAGAACGUCACAUCAAUCAUCCUCUGUAACGAUUGUUCAGCAAAGUGCACCACGCAAUACCAUUUCCUGGGCUUGCGUUGUCAGAUUUGCCGCUCUUAUAACACGGUGGAACUGGAGCGGUCUGAGAUGCCAGGGGACAGGACUGAGAAUGACUCGACACCUGCGCAUGGGCAUGGGCAUCCAGCCCCAGAAACCCGGGCAAUAUCAGCGCACCCCCAUAGCCCGUCGCAGAACCGUGCCUUUGGAUCAAAUCCUGGUUCGAUACUUCACCCAAGUGGUUCACAUGCGCCGUAUAGCUCGAGCCAAGAUGCCGCAAGUCCGGCUGGCCAUCAUGCGCAUGCAGUACCACAAAUAGAUUCCGCGAUGGAUGAUGACGACGUGGAGGAGCUCAACUUCUGGGGAGGCGAGACUCGCAGCGGACCUGAGAGCGAAGAAGAAGACGACGACUAUGAAGACGACACAGACGCCGAGGACUCGGAAAACGACGAGGAUGAUGACAAUGAGGACGAUGAUAUCAUGUUGUUCGGCCACCGGUGA